AUUAUGGAAAGACUAUUCGAGUUAAAAGCUAAUUAUAUUUACUACUGUAUAUGAUAUAUAUGCGCCUGUGCUAAUUGAUAAGAAUAUUCAUACAGUGAAAUAUUUCAAUUGCAAGUAUCCUUUACAUGAUACUUUCUUGUUACAAAUGAAAUAUUCUAUUUGAGCUGAAAAAAGGAAGAUGUUUUAUUCCUCUAAUAGAAGUGUAAUACCAACAUGAUCUCUCAUAAAUUAUCAUGUAUGUAUUAUUUUGUAGGAAUAUAAUAUAUUCUUAUUAUUUUUUUUGGCCUGAGUAAAUUCAAAUCAAGCAUAUAAGUAAUAUGGAAAUACAAUUUAAUUAUGUAGACAUAGAUCUACGUCAUGUUAAAGUAGUCGAAACAUGGUAGGAAAGUGUAUACAAUUGUGGUAAACAUAAACAAUAGGGGACUAUAUAAUAAAUAUUAUUAAUUAAUAAUAUCUUUUUUUUUUUUCAAAUGUUAUCUUUAUUUUUUCAUUACAUCUUAUGUAAUUGCAAUUUUUCUUAAGGAGUAUUCACAUAUAAAUAACUUAAUUUUGAGAAAAAUGUAAGCAUAAAUUUUAUAGAUUCUAAUUUACUUUUAAUUUGUUGCAUAAUCCCCAAUUGUUGAGAAGUAUGCAGUAACUCAUUUGUAUUUCAUUCUUAUUCAAGCAUAAUCAGACUUUUAAUCAGGAUUGAUUGUUAGGCUUCUGAAGAAUUAGUUCUCUAAAUAUGAAAUGCAUAAUGUGAUCUAGUAAAUUAUAAGUGUAAAGGUGCAGAACAUCGAUGGAAUCUAUAUUUUCAUAAUGAACUUGACUUGUAAGCAUUUUAAUCAUUUUAUUAACUUGAAAUCUUGGGUGCAUUUUUUUUCUUAUAUUUCAUAAGAAUAUUGAUGAUUACACUAUUAUGUAAUGAAGCAUUACAAAAUUCAUACAAUUGCACAUUGCAUUGCAUCCACAUUGUUAAUGCUUCCUCUAACAAAGAUAAAACUGAAAUCGAUAUAAUAGUUAUUAUAUCUUUAACUUUUAUUAAUGGUUUAUUGUCUCAAACUUGUUACUGCAACUAUAGUUAUUUUAAUACUCUGCAUUAUAUAAGGUAGCUGCAAAUUAACAUUCACGAAGAACUAUAUAAAUUAAAUUUCGUAAUAUCAAGAAAAUACAUAUGGUUGCGGUGAUUAUUUUUCUAUUGUUGAAUUUGAGAUCUAGAUUUACAUAAUACACAUUUUAUAGAAUAUCUUUUAGCUUCAAGACAAAUCAAACAAUUACAAAAAUAUGUGUAUCUACAUAAAGUGAUCAAUGGAACACCUAGGCUUGACUAUAAAUUGAAUAGAUUUGUUAAAUCAUCUUUUACAUUAAUGAUAAGUCAAAGAACAGGUAAAUAAUCUAUUUCAUACACCAAUAUAUAGUAUGAAGAUUUGCUGUCCAGAAAAAUAUGGCUAAGAUGGACAUGAAAAUAUAAUUUUAAUAUUUUAUGACAGCUUAAUAUGUAAUACCGCUAAGUUUUUGUUUAAAUGGGAAUAUGAAGCUGUGAAUUAGUGAUUUAAUGAUAUAAAAAUAUACGUAUAGUGAUUUAAUACAAAUAUAAAUAUUUAGUAACAAAUUUCGUUUUACAAAAAUUUGUUCUACCUUUUCAUUAAUUUAAUGUUUCAAAGGUUAUCAUAAAAUGGCUGCUUUUCAAAUUAUAUUAAAUAGAAAAAUUGAAAAAUAGAAAAAUUGAAAAAUAUAGAACUAAUGAAUGAAUGCGUGUGUAUGUUUAUUACACAUGGAUUUGUAAGUACUUUUUUUAAUGUAUUUUUAACAUUUUUUAAAUUCUUUAUGAAAUGAUCAAUUAAAAUGUAAAAAUACAGUAUCAAAGAGUAAAAACCAUUUAAGAUAAAUUUAAAAAACUAUUAAUUCUCAAAUAUUGAACAAUUUUUUUUAUACCAAAUUAAAACUUACAUAGAACUUAAUUUAAAAUAUAACAUUUUACACGCAAUAAAAAAAGUCGCAUGAAACUCCAAAGCAAUAAGACUAAAAGUUCAUCAAAAUGUCAAUAUCUUUAAUUUAUGAAGACAGCAUGAUUUUUGUCAACUGGUAAGUCAAUGCGACAGAAUAAUGAUAAUUAAUUAUUUUCAAGUUUAUAAAAUUUUUAGUUAAACGUAAAUACAUUAAAAUAUAUAUAAUAAAGUAUUUAAUAAGUGAAUACUUGGGCUUCACACCCUGCGUGGAACAUACUCAAUACAAAAACUUUUGUACACUGUUUUUAUGUAAACUCUUGUUCAUUGCAAGAAAAAAAAAUUAUAAAUAAUUUCUAAAUCUUAAUAUAAUUAUUUUAAUAUAGUUCUUAAUAUUUCUGUUGCCACUUGCAUUGUUUGAUCAUCCACUAAUACGAUAUCGAACUCCUUCAUAUAAUUAGCCAGAUUUUCUUCUGCCUAUAAAACAAUAUUAAAAUAUUUCCAAAUUUCUAAAUUUAUUUAAAGAAUAAAUUAAUCAAAGAGGAUCUUACUUUGUCAUACAAAAAUCCAAUUUUUAAUACUGCUAUUGUGUCAUCCAUACCAUUAACCAUACUUGCAUCUCCAGUUGUAUCACCCAUUAGUAAUACAUGUCGUCUUCCUUCAAUAACUUUAAAAUAUUCUUGCUCAAGAGCAUGUUCAUUUUUAUUAAAAACAUGUAUUAAUUUUUUGUUUUUGAAUCCAUCUAUUUUGUUACCAUUAUAUUUAAGAAAAUUCGAUAUAAUUUUAACAUUAUUAAAGAAAACUUUAUGACAUUUUAAAACAGCUUCUACAACAUCUCCUAAACCAGCACUAAAUACAAGAACUGGUAUGUUAGCCUCAUAUAACUUUUCCAAAAGUUCUUUGGUACCAUCACGUAAAGGUGUACCAUAUUUUUCUGCAACUUCAGACAAUUCUUUUGGAUCAAAUUCUAUUCCUUUUAACAAUUUUUCAGCAGCUAUCAUCCAAUCGCUCAUAGCUUCUAUUUUUUCUUUUAAAGGUAAAUCUGGAUCAAUUUCUAUAGGUCUGUAUUUGUGAUAUAAUCGUCUAGACUCAUUCAUAUACGCAGAUGGUAAUUGAUUACAUUUUCCAAAUAAACCUAAAAUUUAAAAUAUGAAUACAAGCAAUACAAUAUACGUUAAUAUAAAUGACAUUUAUACAAAAAUUAAAAUAUCAAACAUUUGUAAUGAAAUCUUAUAUAAAACAGGAUAUAUAAAUCUUAUAUGUUUAAAUAUAUGUAGGAUGAUAUGUAUAUGCAUAUAAAAUAUAAAUUACCAAAGCUGCUAAGCACCAAUUUUCCAUCAACAUGUUGUUUGGUCAAUGUUAAAUCAAAAUCUGUGACAAUCUGUCAAACAUUUAUAAAUUUGAAUUUAUGGAUGUACUCAAUGUAAAUUUUAAAUCUGUUAUUAUAAAAGAAAAUAAUUUCAUAAAUGUACCUGUAGAUGGUCUGCUCCAUCACGCAGCAUAAUAUUAAUAAUAUUUAUCGUAGCUUUUGUAUCCUUGAUAUAAACAUGUUUUGACUUUAAAACAGGAAACUGUAAAUGAUAAAAACUAUAACAUAAUCCAUUAAUAAACUUCAUAUACAACAUAUGUAAUUUAAGGUACGUACGUCAUCGAUAGUAAGUUUAUCGGGCAUCUUUCUGCAAUGCAAAAAAAAAAAACUGAAAUUGACAAAAAUAAUAUUUCUCAAUUGAAUUAACAAUUAAACGUUAUUGAAUCUUCGCUCUUAAAAUAUUUCUUCAGUGCUCUCAAUAUAACUCGUUUACCCUUGACCUAGUAAAUUACUAAUCCACCAACCCGAAAGACUUAAGGUCGAUUCAUACAUUUCAGUUCAAUUUCCGUUUCGAUUGUUCAAUUGUUCAAAUUAUAACACUAUUGUAUGUAAUUUAAAUACACAUAUUCAAAUACUUCCGUUUAAUCUCAAAAUCACUGAUCGUCAUAUUUUCUCUAUUAUCCUAGUUCGUCAUCAACGAUGUUUAUUUUAAAUCACUGAUGAAAUUUUGAUAAUUUGCAGUCUUUUGUACAUGAAAACUAAUAUUGAAUAGACGAAUAUGGUACAAUUGAUUUAUAACUGGAAUUAAUUACAAGCUGUGAUGUAGUAAUGAAAUGAGAUCUGGGUUGAUACUGAACUGAAAUGUAUAAAUCAAAUUUAAGGUGAUCAUCUAUCGCCUAUUUGUUUACUAUAUUAUGAGUUCUUAUAAGUGGGAGGAUUACCGAUGAAGUGAAACAAAAAAAAUUAUUUUUAUACCGACAUCUCAACCAAUCUCGCAGGCUACCUUUGGGUAGGCUACGAGCGUCACGUUACAAAAACUUAAUGGUCUAACAAGCAGAAAUUUAUAACAUGUUCAUCUUCUAAAGAAAAUUAGAUCUCAGCGCGCUAUUAUCGAAAACAUACGUUAUACAAGUGAUAUUUUUAAAAUGACAUUUUCAAACUUGCGAUAAAAACGUCUGCGUAUAAUGUUACAGUUGAAACGAUUUACCUUCGCAAAUUGCGAUAAUCUUAUUUUAUAAAUAGUCAUAUAAAUUUUUAUCUUUUGUGAAUAAAAAUCACAAUUUUAAAGUGCUAAUCACGUCUCUUUCGCGAUGGUCUCCGAUUCCUUUAGACACGCACUUAUUUCGUUGUGCGCAAGGUGUUAUACGCAAGUGGUUAAAUAUGAAACUACAAUCAUUGUAAACACAUAUAAGAUUAGCAUAUAACAUAUUGUUUAAAAUAUUUAAGAAUCUAUUAAAAAUUGUCUUAGAUUUUUAGGAAUAUAUUAAAUUAAUAAGUUUGCGAUUGCUUUUUAACCUCUAAAUAAUGUGUUAUAGCAUGGAAGUUAGCAUUCCAUUUUAUUAUUUUAUUGAAAGAAUUGUCGCGCAUGUGCAUAACAAAUAAAAUUUUCUAUCAAGCAAAAAAAAUAUUGUUUAUAUCGCAAUAUUUUCGGCUUUUUCCCGAUGUAACUGAUAAUAUAAUUUCAUUACAUAUAAUGAUCUAUCGAAUUUCUUAAUUUGACAAGUUGACCAACGAUAUUACAUCAAAAUUUCCAUUAACACGUUUCGUAUCGUGUAAAAUACAGAUUGUAAAGGUAUGCGUUGGAAGCAAAACAAUUUAAUCGGAAAGUGAUCUAUACGAAAUGUCCAAAAAUCAGACUGGCACGGAACGUGUUAAACUAUUGGACAUCAUACUGUACAAAACAAAAAUCGACAUGGAUAUAUACAUAUAAUUUUUUUAUUGUAUUUCUUAUUUGAUUUUUUUUAUAACUUCAAUUAUAACUUUCUGAUCAGAUUCUUAUGAAAAAAAUGUAAUUUUCAAUGGCGCUGUAAGCAAGGAACUUCAGAACAAUUCUGAUACAAGAAAAUCCGCUCUUUGAUAUACAUUGACUUGAAAGAUUAGUGAUUAAUAAAAAGUUGUCGACUUCAAAUUUAUCUUGUGAAACUAUUAAAAUAAUAUUGACAAAUAUGAAUGAAGACAAUUCCUCUGAAAAUGUAUCAGAUUCGGAUUCUGUCAAUUAUUCGGUUAUGCUAGAUUCGGGCCAGUUUGACAAUAAAGAAUUAGGUACAAUGAGAGGCGAUAGCAUAGGAGAUACUGUUUAUAGUGCAAAAUGGAUAAUUAAUACGCUUAUAUCUUUAUCAAAGGUACAAGAUGUUGGUUGGACUCAGGAAUUAGAAAAUGAUUUGUGUAUAUUAUGGGAUAUGACAGCUGAAAAGGACAUAGCCAUGUAUUUAUAUGAAAAUGACUUUUUGAAAAUAGUUGAAGCUUCCUUGGAAACUUCUACUGUAUCUAGAUUAACAGAGAUAUUACUUGGUAUUAUUGGGAACAUGAGUUGUCAAACAAGUAUAUUAAAAUCAAUGGGAAAUAAUAAGCAACUUGUCAAAACAAUCUGGAAUAAUCUUUUAUCAGAUGAUACAGAAUCUUUACUUCAAAUUUUUAGGUUAUUACAAGCAGUGGUUUGGGAUAUUCAAAGAAAUCCUGAAUCCCAAUGGGUAAAAAAUAUUAAAGAAUGUGAUUUUUUUAGUGACGUUGUGAUUUUUGUAUUAAAUAGUUCUACCAAUAAUGAUCUACUCGUUACAACUUUAAAUUUACUUCUUUCAAUUUCACAACUAAGCGAUACCAACUUUCUGUUAGAAUUAUUUAACACAGAAAAACUGGUUUCUGCACUUCUAGAGUGUUUUAUGCAAGUUAUUCCACAACAAAAAUCUCAUUUCUCAGAAGCAGAAUUAAAAAUAAUAGAAAAAUGGCUCACCGUAUUGUCCACUGUAGUGAAAUUUCAACAGAUAACAGCAAACAAUAAAAACAAUAAAGACAUUAUGAAAUUAAUGGAAAUUAUAUUUAAGAUAUUACAACCAUAUAAACAUAAAAGUAAUUUGAUUCCAAUUGAUGAAAAUUCUGCAUUGUGUAUUCAGGAAUGUAUUGAAAUAAUAUUAUACAUUCAAAAAACUAAAACAUGUAUUAUACCAGAAAUAAAUAGUAUUAUAAUAAACAUCAUCUGCAAACUUAAAUCAGCUGAGAUUUACUUAAAUAGUAAUAAUCCAAAUGCAGUAAAUUUUGCUGGUGGAAUGCCAAAUACCGAUACUUAUCCUUUUAAAGAAUUGGACGUGAUUUACAAAGAUGGAACAAAUUCGAAACUUGAAGGUCAAGAUUUAGCAUUAGCAUUUCAAUAUGGACCUGCUGUCGGAUAUUUGCCCUUGAUAAAAAAGUUCCGAGAAUUUCAAUACAAGUGGCAUAAACCUAAACAAACAAAUUGGGACGUAAUAUUUACUUGUGGUUCACAAGAUGCUUGUACCAAAAUUUAUGAGAUGUUUAUUGAUGAAGGUGAUCCAAUUAUGGUUCAAUCACCAACGUAUACAGCUACUAUCAAUACAUUAGCAUCCUUGAAUGUUGAUUUCAUAGAAAUUAACCAGGAUGCUGAUGGUAUUAUUCCUGAGGAAAUAAUUAAAGUAUACGAAGAAAGAUUACGUGAUGGAAGGCUAUUACCGAAGUUAAUAUACAUCAAUCCUACUGGUGCAAAUCCAACGGGAACUAUAUUAUCUGAGAGCCGUAGGAAACAAGUAUAUGAAUUGGCACAGAAAUACAAUUUCCUUAUUAUAGAAGACGACGCGUAUUAUUUUAUUAAUUUUUUAAAUGAACAACCUACGUCUUUUUUUUCAUUGGAUAUCGACGGACGUGUAAUAAGAUUGGAUUCUUUUAGUAAAAUUAUUAGCGCAGGUAUGCGAUUAGGUUGUGUCACGGCUAAUACUGAACUAUUGAAGAUGUUAAUGAUGCAUAUAGAAAAUAGCGUUUUACAAGCCUCAUCAUUAUCACAGAUAUUUUUGUUUAAAUUACUUGAUUUGUGGGGUCAGGAACGAUUCAAUCAACAUUUAAAGAGUAUUCAAGAUUUUUAUCUAGCAAGACGGAACAUUAUGCUAAAAGGAAUUGAAAAACAUCUUACAGGAUUGGUCGAAUGGACAGAGCCUAAAGGUGGUUUUUUUAUAUGGCUCAAACUAAUCAGAAUUAAUGAUGCAUCAAAUUUUGUAAAAGACAAGUGUAUGUCCAAUGGUAUUUUCGUAAUUCCUGGAAAUGUAUUUAAUUAUGACUUUAAUAAGCCGGAUCAACACAUACGUUUAUCUUAUAGCUAUGGAACUGAAGAGGAAAUUGAAAGGGGACUCUCAAAGUUGGCAGAAUUGAUACAUAAAGUCUCUAAAUGAUCGAUUUAGAGGUAUAUUUUAUAUCCUUUUAACAUUUUAAGAGGUGAAGGAAUAGAAAAUGUUGGAAAAAUAAUAUAGAAUAUUCUUAUUUUAAAUAAAACAUAAAAACGACAAUUGGCAAUUGAGUAUUUUUAAUCUUAUUUUUCUAUUAUAAAUAUUUUGUUCGGAAUACCGUUAAAAAUUUCAGUUACAUAUAUACUUACAUAUCAUUCUAACAAGUACCUGAUAUACACAUGUAUUUAAUGUACUAGAUGUAUAAGGUUACUAUAUAUACUGCAUUCACAGUAUGCACGCAAUAUUAACUCUUGCAUGCAAUAGAAUCGAUUGUUAUCGUCAAGUAAUAAAUAUAUAAAAAGUUUAUAUUUAUUUCUUAGAAAAUUGUUCAUAUACGUCCAUACGUAUGAAUGUAUGUAUUUAUAUAUCGUAAGAAAAAGAUUCAAAUAUUCGACUUAAAUCUAUAGUUAAUACGAUCAUAGUCCAGAUUGUUAUUGUUUUGUUUUCUAUAUUUUUCAAUAGGUAUAUAUCUGAUAAAAUACUUAUAAUAUAAAAUAGCCAAAAUACAUAUACAUACAUAUAAAGUAGACACAAUGGACGCUGACGAACUAAUGGAUAAAAUUAUUAAUAUCAUAAGAUGUUUGUUUCAUUAAAUAUAAUAGAGUAGAGUACCAAUUAAUCUUGUUAACGAAGGAUAAAAAAAGAGGUAUGAAUAACUCAAGAACAUUAAUAAUCUAAAUGAAUUUUCAUAAUUAUUUUAUUAGGAGAUUGUUAUAUAUAUAUACAUAUAUAUAUGUAUAUAUAUAUAUAUAUAUAUAUAUGUAUAUAUAUAUAUAUGUGUAUAUAUAUAUAUAUAUAUAUGUAUAUAUAUUAACAUAUAAUAUCGUAUAUAUUCGUACUCAUAAGUAUAUAAAAGUACAGACAAACACGUGGUGUUUUUAAGAAAUUGUUUUAUUAUAAAGUACAUAAGUUGUAUCGAUGAUAGCAUAGGAUCACGAUAUUAAUUCACAUUUGACUGUUGAUAAUGGGCACUCUACUGUAUUAAAUUUAAUAUCGUGUAAGUAUGAAGAAAUAACUUAAAUAAUUGUUUCCUAGAAUUGACUAAUUUCAAUUUGAAACGUAAAUGUAAAAAAGAAACGUACGUGUAUUUUUUCUUUUUUUACUCAUUCGAAAUAAUGUUACAUAUAGACCUAUCUAAAAGGUAAUCUAUUUUCAAUUACAUUUAUAUAUCGCACGUAUAAUUUAUUUUUACCACACAUUAUACGGUUAAUUAUAGAAUCGUAAAGAAGCGAGGUUUUUACAACGAUCUUAUUCUAAACAAAAAAAAAAAAAAAAAAAAAAAAAAGAAACGAAACGUUGUAACAGAAGAGAACGCAGAAAAUAAUGAUAAAAUUACCAAAGAAAAUUGUUCAAGCACAAAUUAUCUAAAACCUCCUUUUAUUUUCUAUUGAAUCAGUCGAAAAUACCCGCAGAGCAGUCUGUUACAAUAGCUUUUGCUUGUAUAUAAUAUAAUGCGUACGCAAUAUUUACUAUUGACAAUAAAACUACUACACAUCUA